AUUGAUAUUGUUGCUCCCUUAAUCCAUAAAGUAAGAUUAUUUUCUCAUUUAUGGCAACAUUAAAAUGCGUACAUCAGGCAACCGGAAGUAGCAAAGAGCGACAGGAAAAUGCGGAGCAAAUUUCCCUUCCAGCUGAACAUGGCGGAGAUAAUCCUCCUAAUCCAGAGAUUGUUGGCCCUGUAAUCACUGAUGAACUGGGACAAGAAAAACAGAAACUUAGGCCUGAGGAGGAGAAAGAGCCUUUGGAGUAUCAGAGGCAGAUUGAAAAUAAGGCCGAACAAAAGCGCCUUGCUGAGCUAAAUAAAGCUGGAAGCAGUGAAGGAAAUAUGGAACAAACGUCCCUUCGUCACAUCAGCUUUGAUAACUUUAACUGGAAAUAUUUUCAUCAAGCUCAGGGUGCCAAAUCGGAAGAGAAAUGAAGCAAAUUUGAAGAGUAGCACCCCAGAGAACUUGAAUCAGACUAGACCCAAUUAGAAGUAAUAAAUUGUCUUGAAUGAAACACCAUCAAUAUUUGUAGAAAGGAUUUUAAU